UUGAAUAGUGACUGGGAUAUUGAGGCGACUGGGAACAGGUGUGUGAGUGGGAGGGGAAGCUAUAGGUGAUUACAAGUGAAAACAGGUGAUUGACAGGAGGAACGUUCAUGGACGUGUGGUGGGAGGAUGGAAAAGAGCUCAGUUUCAACGUGGAUCAUGGGUAUCUGGAGGGUCUGGUUCGAGGGAUGAAGGCUGGAAUUCUGACUCAGAUUGACUAUAACAAUCUGGCCCAGUGCGACACACUCGAAGACAUGAAGCUGCACCUGCAGAGCACAGACUACGGUAAACUGCUGUCCUCGUCCGAAGACGACCUGACUGUGUCUCUGGUGGACAACAAGCUGAGGGAGAACCUGGUGACUGAAUUCAGCUGCCUGCGCUCCAACGCCCUGCCUCCGCUCUCCACCUUCCUCGACUAUAUAACCUACAGCUACAUGAUCGACAAUGUGGUGAUGCUGAUCACCGGGGCCCUGAAACAGAGAGAUGUGGCAGAGCUCCUCCCGCGCUGUCACCCACUGGGAGCUUUCGACCAAAUGGCAGCGGUGGGCAUCGCUCGCACCCCAACUGAACUGUAUUCGGCCAUCCUGGUGGACACACCGCUAGCUCAGUUUUUCCAGGAUGCUGUAUCUGAGUCCAACCUGGAUGAAAUGGAGGCUGAGAUCCUGAGAAACAAAUUGUAUAAGGCUUAUUUAGAGUCUUUUCACUCUUUCUGCAAGAACAUCGAUGGUGCCACAAAGGAUAUCAUGUGUCCUGUCCUGGAGUUUGAGGCAGACAGGCGGGCCUUCAUCAUCACGGUGAACUCUUUCGGGACAGAUCUCAGUGGUGCAGAUAGAAGUGCUCUGUAUCCGUCCUGUGGCAAACUUUACCCCGAAGGCCUGCAACUGCUGGCCAGGGCAGAGGACCACGAGCAGGUCAAAGCUGUGGCCGACUGUUAUCCCGACUAUAAAAUCAUUUUUGAUGACCCUGAGCCGGGAUCAGAUCUUAAGACUCUGGAGGACAGAUUCUUUGAACAAGAGGUGAAGCUCAACGCACUUGCUUUCCUGCAGCAGUUCCACUUCGGAGUAUUUUACUCCUACAUCAAACUGAAGGAGCAGGAGAGUCGCAACAUUGUCUGGAUCGCUGAGUGUGUCACACAGAGACAGAAGUCCAAGAUACACAACUACAUACCCAUCUUCCAGGGAACAAAUUAACUGAGCGAUGAAGAGAAAUACAAACAAACAUAUUUCACAUACGUAGUGUACAACAAUGUAAUAAAUGCACUUAAUCAAACUGUAUAAAAAUAUUUGUUGAUCUCUUUAUGGUCAAAGUUUGGUUGUGAGGAUUAGUUACUGUGGUUGCACUAAAGUCAGUCACAAAUAUCUUCAGUGUUUGCACUACAGACCACAGAAAAUACAAAACAGAGGCCUUGUGAUUCAUAAUAAUAAUUAAUACUUGCUAUAGUUAGUAUGUCCACAUUCACAUUACUGCAAAACAAAGUGUACAUUACCAGAGGUAUAAUAUUGUAUUACUAUACAAUAGGGUACAAAAUAUAAUAAAAAAUGUAUGCAUAUAAUUAAUGUAGUACAACCAGUGGUAUGAGAGUGUAAAUGUGUCUGUUUUAGCAGCUAACAGGGUCGUACAUCACACAUCUCU